AUGGCUCCCGCCGUCGGCAUCGAUCUGGGCACGACCUACUCGUGCGUUGGUGUGUUCCGUGAGGACCGCUGUGAAAUCAUUGCCAAUGACCAGGGCAACCGCACUACCCCCUCGUUCGUCGCCUUCACCGAUACCGAGCGUCUCAUCGGUGAUGCCGCCAAGAACCAGGUCGCCAUGAACCCCCACAACACUGUCUUUGACGCCAAGCGCCUGAUCGGCCGCAAGUUCAGUGACCCUGAGGUUCAGAGCGAUAUGAAGCACUUCCCCUUCAAGGUCAUUGAUCGCAAUGGCAAGCCGGUCAUUCAAGUUGAAUUCAAGGGCGAGACCAAAGUUUUCACCCCCGAGGAGAUCUCGUCCAUGGUCCUCACCAAGAUGAAGGAGACUGCCGAGUCCUACCUGGGCCAGCCCGUCACUAGUGCCGUCAUUACCGUCCCGGCCUACUUCAACGACUCUCAGCGUCAGGCCACCAAGGAUGCCGGUCUCAUUGCCGGUCUCAACGUCCUCCGUAUCAUCAACGAACCCACUGCUGCUGCCAUUGCCUAUGGUCUCGACAAGAAGGCUGAGGGCGAGCGCAACGUCCUCAUCUUCGAUCUUGGUGGUGGUACCUUCGAUGUCUCGCUCCUGACCAUCGAGGAUGGUAUCUUCGAGGUCAAGUCCACUGCCGGCGACACUCACUUGGGUGGUGAGGACUUCGACAACCGCCUCGUCAACCACUUCGUCGCGGAAUUCAAGCGCAAGUUUAAGAAAGAUUUGACCACCAAUGCCCGUGCUCUGCGCCGUCUCCGCACUGCUUGCGAGCGUGCCAAGCGCACUCUGUCUUCGUCGGCUCAGACUUCGAUCGAGAUCGACUCCCUCUUCGAGGGUAUUGACUUCUACACCUCCAUCACUCGUGCCCGCUUCGAGGAGCUUUGCCAAGAUCUGUUCCGCUCUACCCUCAUCCCUGUUGACCGUGUCCUGAGCGACGCCAAGAUCGACAAGUCCCAGGUCCACGAGAUUGUCCUUGUCGGUGGCUCGACCCGUAUUCCCCGCAUCCAGAAGCUUAUCUCGGACUACUUCAACGGCAAGGAGCCCAACAAGUCCAUCAACCCCGAUGAGGCCGUCGCCUAUGGUGCUGCCGUCCAGGCCGCCAUCCUGUCUGGCGAUACCUCCUCCAAGUCGACCAACGAGAUUCUGCUGCUCGACGUCGCUCCUCUGUCGCUCGGUAUCGAGACCGCUGGUGGUAUCAUGACCAAGCUCAUCCCCCGCAAUACCACCAUUCCCACCAAGAAGUCCGAGAUUUUCUCGACCUUCUCCGACAACCAGCCCGGUGUGCUCAUCCAGGUCUACGAGGGUGAGCGUCAGCGCACCAAGGACAACAACCUGCUCGGCAAGUUCGAGCUCACUGGUAUCCCGCCUGCGCCCCGUGGUGUUCCUCAGAUCGAGGUCACCUUCGAUCUUGAUGCCAACGGUAUCAUGAACGUCUCUGCCGUUGAGAAGGGCACUGGCAAGACCAACCAGAUCACCAUCACCAACGACAAGGGCCGCCUGUCCAAGGAGGAGAUCGAGCGCAUGAUUGCCGAGGCCGAGAAGUUCAAGGAGGAGGAUGAGCGCGAGGCCGCUCGUAUCCAGGCCAAGAACGGACUUGAGUCUUAUGCUUACUCCCUGCGCAAUACCCUCAACGACUCUAAGGUCGAUGAGAAGCUCGAUCAGGCCGACAAGGAUAAGCUCCGCGCUGAGAUCGACAAGGUUGUCCAUUGGCUUGACGAGAACCAGCAGGCCACCAAGGACGAGUACGAGGACAAGCAGAAGGAGCUCGAGUCUGUUGCCAACCCCAUCAUGAUGAAGUUCUACGGCGCCGGCGCUGGUGGUGUCCCUGGCGGCAUGCCCGGUGGUGCUCCUGGUGGCUUCCCUGGCGCCGCCGGCGGUGCUUCGCACGACAACGACGGCCCGACCGUCGAGGAGGUCGACUAA